AUGGCAUUAGAGAGAUCAUUUGCCCAGCACUUUGCUGAAUGCGAAAACUGUGAGGAAAACCCCGCGCAGUUCCUAUGCAAAACAUGCCCUGGCCAUCUUUGUGAAACAUGCAAAAGAGAGCAUGAAACGAGAAAAAUAACUAAAAAUCAUGAAGUUAUACACAUACACUUAGACAGGGAGAAUACACUUGGUCUACUUUAUUGUGCUGAACACACGGUAAACAAAGUGGAAUGGUACUGCUCUCCCUGCAAGGAGCCGGUGUGCACAAAAUGUCUUAUGGAAUCUCAUAACGGCCACAGAAUGAAAGAGCUGGAUAAAGUACUCAAAGAGAUCGGGAAAAAACUUGAAGAAGAAAAAGGACAAGUAGAAAGAAUACUUUUACCUAAAUACAGAGAAAUGUUAUCUGAAGUGAAAACCACAAAAUCAGAAAUAUCAAUAAGAGCUGAAGAAGUGCGGAAACAAAUAGAAGGUCAUGAAAAAUCAAUAAUAGAGCAGGUGACAAUGAUGAAAGAAAAUGUUCUACAGAAUUUACUAGAAGGGGAAAAGAAAGCAAUAAUAUCAAUGGAGAAAUCUGAAAAUGAAAUCGAAAGUAGAAUUGAAAAACUGCUGAAAAUCAAUGAAGUCAUCACCAGCAAUUUGCGUGCAAAUCCUGGGAUUACGUUUUUCAAGAAUACAGAUUUCAAAGCAUUGCAAGAAAUGCAUCAAUUUCCCACAAAAGUUUUUUUCAAACUGGAUAAUUUUCAACCUGGUGAUCCAUUUUCAUCAGAGCGUCAUUUCGGAAAAUCUCCAGAGUUUACAAUUUAUCAUCAACCUCGCUUGCAAUCUGAAGAUGUUAUAAAGGAAACCAUUAUUACUGAUUUGUUUAACAAAAUAAGUCUUUUAGAAUCACAAAUUGAAACAGAAAGAAAUGUGCUUACUCGUAGUAGUCUUCGGAGACAACUGAACAGGCAAAAGGAAGAACUUUCAAAAAUUUUAUGA